CAGUUGAGUCCCGGAGCGGUCGUGAGGCGCUGGACUCUUACGAGUUGUUGCAAACUGAAGCCGGGAAAGUAACGUGAAGAGUAGAGUAUCAGACUCCUGGAAAAAGCAGCUUGUUCUUCUUCUACACUGAGUAGGGGCAAUGUCACAAGUCCAGACAACUUACUCUUUUGAUGCCCCCACCGACUUUAUCAAUUUUUCAUCUUUGGAUGCUGAAGAAGAUACUGAAAAUGUAGACUCAUGGUUUGAUGAGAAGGCCAAUUUGGAGAACAAGUUUCUUUGGCAGAGUGGAAUAGGAGAACCUUUUCAGGGGAAGACUUUGAGAAAAGCCAAACUUCAACAAGGCUGUGUCACACCCUUGAAGGCAGUUGACAACACUUAUUACAAAGAGAUAGAAAAGGAAAAUCUUCAGAAACAAUCUGUCCCAUCAAAUGAUUGUCCUUCUCUGAAUGCAAAGAGAGCCAUAUCAGGAAAUACUCCUGUCCAGCCUCAGAGAAGAUCUGUUAGACUCUCUGCUCAGAAGGAUUUGGAGCAGAAAGAAAAAAACCAUGUUGCCUCUGUUGAAAUGAAAGCCAAGAGAUGCACUGCUCCUGCUGCUGACUAUCCCCCCAACAAAAGAAUGAAAGUUUCUCAUAAAAAGAAACCGAAGGAAGAGGAGGAAGGCAGUGUUUCAGCUACUUCAAGAAAGGAUGAAAGAGAAACCCUGGAGAAAGCUAAGGGCAAACACACUGUGCCUGGUGUGCCACCUGCAAGGGAGAAGGUUCUAAAGAGUACUGAAGAGCAGGAGAUAGAGAAAAGGCUGAGAAUGCAGCAGGAAGUGGUGGAGAUGCGGAGGAAGAAUGAAGAGUUCAAGAAGCUCGCUCUCGCAGGGCUAGGGCAACCUGUGAAGAAAUCUACAAGUCAAGUUACCAAAACAGUUGACUUCCACUUCCUCACAGAUGAGCGAGUCAAACAGCAUCCCAAGAACCAGGAAGAGUAUAAGGAAGUGAACUUCAUAUCUGAACUUCGGAAGCAUCCUUCCACUCCUACCCGAGGAACCAGAGGAUGUACUAUCAUUAAGCCUUUCAAUCUGUCCAAAGGAAAGAAAAGAACAUUUGAUGAAGCAGCUUCUACAUAUGUGCCUAUUGCACAGCAGGUUGAAGCGUUCCACAAACGAACCCCUAAUAGAUACCAUCUGAGGAACAAGAAGGACGAAAGCUUGUUACCCUCCAAACCUGUGAACAAGAUUGCACGAGACCCCCAGACCCCCAUACUGCAGACCAAAUAUCGGGCAAGGGUUGUGACCUGCAAAAGUGCUGCUGAGCAGGAGGCUGAGGAGCUUGAGAAGCUGCAACAAUACAAAUUCAAAGCACGGGAACUUGAUCCCAGAAUUUUUGAAGGUGGCCCCAUCUUGCCCAAGAAACCGCCAGUUAAGCCUCCUACUCAGCCUGUUGGCUUUGAUCUGGAAAUUGAGAAACGAAUUCAUGAGCGAGAGUCAAAGAAAAAAACAGAAGAUGAACAAUUUGAAUUUCAUUCCAGACCUUGCCCGACUAAGAUCUUGGAAGAUGUUGUGGGUGUUCCUGAAAAGAAGGUAAUUCCAGCCACUGUUCCUAAGUCACCAGUUUUUGCAUUGAAGAACAGGAUCCGAGUGCCCAUCAAAGAAGAGGAGGAAGAGGAAAAACCAGCAGUGAUCAAAGCCCAACCUGUGCCACAUUAUGGCGUGCCUUAUAAGCCCCACAUCCCAGAGGCAAGAAGUGUGGAGCUGUGCCCUUUCUCCUUUGAUACCCGGGACAAAGAACGCCAGUUGCAGAAGGAGAAAAAAAUAAAAGAAAUGCAGAAAGGGGAGGUGCCCAAGUUCAAGGCACUUCCUGUGCCCCAUUUUGACACUGUUAACCUGCCAGAGAGAAAGGUAAAGAAUGUGACUCAGGCUGAGCCUUUCUCCCUGGAGACAGACAAGAGAGGCGCCUACAAGGCCGAGAUAUGGAAGCACCAGCUGGAGGAAGAACAGAAGCAGCAGAGGGAAGCAGCUUGCUUCAAGGCUCGUCCAAACACCGUCAUCUUUCAAGAGCCCUUUGUUCCCAAGAAAGAGAAAAAAUCAGUUGCUGAGAACCCUUCUGGUUCUCUAGUUCAGGAACCUUUUCAGCUGGCUACAGAGAAGAGAGCCAAAGAGCGGCAGGAGCUGGAGAAGAAAAUGGCUGAAAUGGAGGCCUGGAAACUGCAGCAGUUGGAGGAAAUCAGGCAGCAGGAAGAGGAGCAGCAGAAGGAGGAAAUAGCCAGGCUCCGGAAAGAACUGGUGCACAAGGCUAAUCCAAUACGCAAGUACUCUACAGUGGAGGUGAAAUCCAGUGAGCUGCCUCUGACUGUGCCGGUGUCUCCUAAAUUCUCCACUCGGUUCCAGUAGAAGCUGCAUCACUUCACAGGCAUGGAGGACAUGUCUUCAGACUCACCCACUAUGUGUGGAAACAUACCUGACAACUAUGGAAGCCAGGUGUUUUGAAGAUCACUUUACACAGAAACUCUGAAGCUAAUGAGAUACCACUCAUUUAGACUUUAAUCAGACUUCUUGUAGUUAUUUCCUUCAGACGUUAGUUGGCCCUUUCCUGUUGGUCUUAACUCUGGCUAGAAUUUCAUGUAUUCGUUUUGGCAUAGUCUACUUUUUACCUGAUCUCCCCCUACUACCCCUUUAUAUAUGUAUUUUAAGCAUACAAUAAAGGCAAUUAAGUCCUGG